AUGAUCCCCCCCAAGGUCUAUCAGUUUCUGGUUGGCGUCUUUGCCUCUUUGGGUUCUUUCAAUUAUGGAUAUGACCUUGGUGUCAUAGGAGGCAGCAUUGCCUCCUCGUCCUUCAUCGACCAGUUUCAGCCCAACGAUGCCGAGUCAGGCGCAGUUGUGUCCCUUUUUACCGGAGGUGGUUUCUUUGGCGCGUUCUUCGCUGGACCCCUUGGCGACUACCUGGGUCGCAGAUUGGCCCUCCUGAUUGGAUCCAUCAUCUUCUGUAUCGGUGGAGCUUUCCAGGCCGGUGGUCAAACUAUUGACUGGCUAUACGCUGGCCGAGCUAUCGCAGGCCUGGGUGUUGGUAUCUUGAUCAUGAUUGUGCCAAUGUACCAGGCAGAGAUUUCUCACCCUACCAUUCGUGGUCGUGUUACGGGCCUCCAGCAACUCAUGCUGGGCAUUGGCUCUUGUGUUGCGACCUUCACCACCUACGGAACGACCAAGAAUCUCACUGGCUCGGAGCAGUGGCGUAUUCCACUUGGAAUCCAAGUUGUUCCUGCUGCCGUUCUUGGCGCCAUGAUCCUCUUCUUCCCGGAGUCGCCACGUUGGCUUAUUGACCACGGCAAGGAGCAAGAGGGUCUCGCGACCCUGGCGAAGCUGCACGCCAAUGGCGAUGAGUCCAACGCCUGGGUGCAAGCGGAAUACUCGCAGAUCCAGACCGCCAUUGCGAACGAGCAUGAACUCGCAGCCAAGGGCUACAUGGAACUCUUCAAAGACAAGGUUACUUUCCGACGGCUCUUGCUUGUCUGCGCCAUUCAGGCCGCUACGCAGAUGACAGGUGUCUCCGCCAUCCAGUACUUUACUCCGCGGAUUUACGAGUCUGUCAACAUUGGAACUAGCGAGUCACUGAAAUACCAGGCCAUCAGCAACUGCUUGUCUAUUGUGGCACAGGCCUGCACCGUCAUCUUCAUUGACAAGAUUGGUCGGCGAUGGCCCCUAAUCAUUGGAAACCUUGUCAGUUGUGUCUGCUGGAUUAGCGUCACAACCAUUGUCGCAGUCUUCCCCAAUUCCUCGCUGUCUUUGCAAAACUCUCUCGCUUGGCUUUUCAUUGUCACCAACUGGAUUUACCAAGUUACCUUCUCUUUCACUUGCGGCCCGCUCUCAUGGAUUAUUCCUGCCGAGGUUUUCGACACGAGGACCCGCUCCAAGGGCGUUUCAAUCGGAGUCAUGACUUCAUUUGCCUUCAAUACGCUCAUCGGACAGGUCACAGCCCCUGCUUUUGACUCUUCUGGGUACCGAUACUUCAUCCUGUUCGUUGUCUGCAACCUCUCUAACGCAUUGUUCUUCUGGUGCUUCAUGCCCGAGACCAAGAGGCUGCCCUUGGAGGAGAUGAACCGUCUCUUCUCUGGAUCUUGGAUUGUUAUUGGCUCAUCCAAGAAGCUCAAGCAGACAAGGCUGGAUCUGGACGAACGACUGGACGAAGCUCAGACCAACAAGGAGGUUGAGGCCGCCGAGAUUGAGCGCACGGGAUGA